AUGUCUGCUGAACUCACAGGCCCAGCCAGUGGCAUCCGUUCCCGGCCCAUCACUCGCAGCUCUAUCCGCCAGUCUCUCGGCAAGGCCCUCGCAGACGUUAUGCACAAAGAUUCGAAGGAGUCCGCGGUUGAGAAGGAGAAAGGGAGCAAGAAGGCGAGAGACGCUUCCGCUCGACGCACCACCACAGUUCAUCUUGCACCCCGCUCGUCCAUCGACAAGCCUCUCCUCAGAAAGACAGAGCGCGAUGUGUCCCCCGCCGCCAAGGACAGAACCAUCACCCGCAGUAGCAAAAGACUGUCCGCAAUUAAGAGGCCCGCCACUACCUCAUCCGACGAGCAGUCGUCGCUGGCGACCUCGCCCAAGACGAGCGUGGUUCGCUCGGCUACAUUGCGCCCGAGAAGCUCGCUUGCAUCGUCUGCGCUCCCCAAGUAUAGGCCCAAAUCUGCGCUGAUCGAAACUGCCCCCGCUAAGCGGUCUCCAUCACCUCAUGCUGGUUCGCGACACCUAAUCAGUGAAUCGAGCGACGAGACGGAGGGUAUCCCGAAAGGCAAAUACAUCACAGAACUACAACCUCCUCCAAGCAAAGCUAGCAGAUCCAUCAGCCCUUUACCCCGUCGAGGCGCCCUCCAGGUUAAUCUCACCUCAGCAAUCAACGUGAGGCCCGUUACUCCCGACAAGAAGAGCAAGAACUCUUCACCCGCACACGCUCCUUCACCACGUCACACGUCGUCUCGUCCUACGAAGGCAGCGAAGACUGCCGUAUCCCAAACUGCUUCCCGUACUGUCAUUCCUCGCCCCCCCUCCUCGUCAUCGUCUUCUGCGUCUCCACGCACGCCGAAGACGCCCACUGGGCUCAGCAACAUCAAACGUACCGGAGGGUCCAGUAGCCGCGAUGGAAGUCCUAGCCCGCGGCGUGGUCCUGCACUGUCCGCGCCAGAGUCGCCCCUGGGGAAGCUCUCUGCGCGCAAAGCUGCGAAUGGCAGCCCUACCUCCAUCCACCGCGCAUCCGCCUCAGCCACUCCCACCCGGACCACAUUCACCGAAGGCAAUAGCGUCGAUAGCGUCGACGCUAACGAUGUGGAGUUCAUGCUUUCAGCCGUGGCUUCGCCCACAGCACCUACGCCCGCCCUCCCGAGGUUCAGAACAAUCUAUGCAUCCGAGUCUGAGAGCCCUCAGACACCCUCCCGUUCACCGUUCCUGCCCACCCGUUCCAAUCUCUCGUAUAUCUCCCCAGCCGCCCCCACCUCGGACAACUCGCCCUUCCUGCGCCCAAAGGCACAAUAUGGAGCGAACGAACGCGGUUCGAUCCUGUCAUGGGAGCAGCUUGCCCGACACAACAAGACAUUAGACGACGAGGACGUCGAGAACAUGAUUUCCCAAAUGCCCGCACCUUUUGACCCCGGACUUAUCUCCCCUGCGCCGAGCUCCGUUCUCUUGGAUAUUCCUGAAAGUCCGAAUCUCAGCGCCUUACCAUCCCCGACGGGAUAUGGCUCGAUAUCGCAGGUCCUCCUCCCCGACGUUACGCCAUCGCCUGCCAUGUACAACACUAGCUUGAAAUUCCACCACAUGGAUUCGGACGCGUCAAUGGGUGAUGCGGCCAAUGCCACACUCCUGCGUCUGCAAUUGGCGUCCGCGGAGAGCAAAGCGAGGGAGCAGCUGGCUGCGAUUGAGCUCCUCCAGAGCCAGCUACAGUCCGCAAAGGAGGCGCGUCUGCGCGACGCUGAGGAGCUCUCGAGGCAGAUGUCACAGUUGGAGGAGCAGGUCCAUGGCAACCUGCGCGUGGAUGAUCAGCGGUCGGAGUAUAUCGCGUCGCUGGAGGGGCAGCUACUCCACGCAGAGGCGCUGCGCGACCAGGCCGUGCAGCAGGCGCUCGCGCAGAUGCACGCGAGCGCCCAGGCGUCUACCGCCACGGCGCUUCGCGCGCAGCAGGCGAGGUGGGAGGUCGCGUGCAGCGCAUGGGAUGCGGGCGCUGCGUGGGGCGCCGUGCGCGAUACCGCGGAGGGCGAGCUUGAGCUCGUUAGAGCCAAUCGCGAGAUGCUUGCCGUGUUGCUGGCUGGGCUGAACCACAGCUGA